AUGUAUCACAUGACCCCACUUUCAUGUGUCUCACAUUUGGUGCAGGAGGCAUGGAUGAAAUAUCGGAGCUUCGCAGCAUGGCGCUUGUGGCUCGCUGCGGAGAAGGCAGGAAUCAGUGAAACAGCCGAGAUCUCGGCAUGGAAAGUUGAAAAGGAGAAGCGGUUGGAUGACCUUUCUCACCGGCAUCACGAAGUAGCGCUGCGUUGUGGCUAUUGGCUAUGUGCUGAAAAGCAUCACUGGAAGAAAGAUACAAUUUUCCGUGCUUGGUUCUUCAUGAUCGUUCGCAUUAAGAACCAGGACGAGUGGCAGCUGCGACAGCUGCGGCAGCUGCUCGCUUCAAGGAAGAACCACUUGCUGCUUUGCCUUUGUGCUUGGCGUUCCUUCGCACUUCGCAGCAGCCGUGACCACAAGAGGUCAAAGCUCGAAGAGAAAGAAGCAUCUUUGCCAAAGUGGCAGAAGAAUAACUUCAGCCUUCGACUUCGCAAAUACAUGGUUUGGCUGACAACUUGCGACUCAAAGAAAGCGCAAAGGCUCAGCUUGCAUUUUCUGCUGCGUUCUUGGCGGCUCCAUGCUUCAGUGUCUCUUCGGUGCAGCCGUCGCUCCACCUUACACACACAUGGGCCAGACGUGGAAGCACUGCUGGCACGUGCUUGGGCAGCCUGGUGGGAUGCGCAUGUGCUGUCGCAAGUGGCUGCAGCCUGUGCCCAGGAACCAAAGGCAGCCAAGCAUGCUCAGGAUGAACGGACCCAUCGAGUCGCAGGUCAGUGCAUUGCCCGGCAAUUGGACUGGCUCUUGAUCAUCAUCCUCCAACGUUGGUGGUGGAGAGCUACGACAGGCCGUGGGCUGCAGCGGGCCAAAAAGCAAUUAGAACAAGAAGGUCAAGCUUCGGCAACGGCCGCCAAAGCCGUGAAGCAGCAGUUGGACCAACAGACAGAUGCGCUGGCGCUGGCGCGUCAAGUGCGCUCUCGAGAGCGUUCACAAUUGGAGAGGCAACUUGCAGAGUCACAGGAGGCAUUGUCUCGCGUAAAUGCAGAGUUGGCAAGAGAGAUCGAAGGUGUCAGCCAACUGGAAACAGAUGUCCAAGAGCUUCACCGUGUACUCGCUUUGCAAGGUGAAGAUCAACUUCGAGCACUGCAGGAACUUCCAGCGAGAUUGAGGGAGAGGCAUGAAGAUCGGCCUGAAAUUUGCCCCGACAUACCUACCACGAGCCCUGAACGCAGUGGCUCUCAGGGUCGAAUCUCAGCCCUUCGCGCAGCAGAGUACGAGGACUUCAGAGAAGCUCGUGCGCAAAGAAAGGUGGAGCAGUCUGAAGCAGACCUUUCACUUCGAGAACGUUUAGAUCCACGCAGCAGAGCAAAUGCAGCGUGGUCAGUGCGGCUCAGGCCAACGAACUCAGAGUAG